AUGCCCGUCACUGAUGAUUUUGGCAAUAGCGCUGAGACACCAGUCCCUGCUUGGUUUUUAGCGCCGUACGAGGAGACGGAGAUCCGAAAGCGCUGCCAGGACCAGGCGCAGGAAGAGUGUAAAACCCAGUUCAUAAAAUUCGGCGAGUGUGCCCAAAACCACCAGCUGUUAUUCCCCUGGAAAUGUGCCGACCUCAAAAAGGAGCUGCUGGACUGUGUGGCCUACUGGGGAGCUAAUGAUAAGUUUGAAGACCUGAGAGUCGAGUUUAUCAUGGAGAAAAAGCGAAAACUGGCCGAAGAGGGCAAAGUCUAG